UCACCAUCCGCUUGACAACAGGACUUUGUUUGCAUACCAGAGGCUACAGUGAGAACGACGACCUGUGUUCAAUUUUCCCAGACUCCUCCUUCCAACUCAUGACACCUGCCUGUACGACCCUGCAAAUUCGCAAAGACACACCUGGGACACUUGAGCGCUUCCUGGAACCGGUUUUGGCAGCAGAUUAAAGAGCUCCGCCACUCUAAAUCUGACCCUCGUGACCCUCGCUAAUAGUACCAAUCUCUCCCCCCCCCAGGGGCGGAGAAUUCUAGAGGCCCCGCCUGCUGGGCUGUGAAUUGCCCCGCCCAAAUGCACCCAGAAGCCACUCGGGGCCUCCUAUUCCGCCAGCCCCUGGUCUGAUCCAGCCCAGUUCAGUCGCAAGUUAAGAAACCCCCAGUGCUGUGCGCUGCAGUCCGACCGCCACCUGUGGGUGGGGGGGCAAGUGGGUUUGGUUGUCGUCAUGGCGACGGCGUGGGUGGCCACAGCCCUGAGGUCGACUGCUGCAGCCAGAAGGCUGCGCAGCCCGGGAGGUCCUGGGGGCUCACGGAGAUUGAGCGGCAGCGCGCGGCGGCGCGGGGCGAAAAGCGCCAGCCCAGGACGCCGGCUCAGCACUGCCAGGGCUCGCACAGAGGACUCCGAGGGCGCAAAGGGUCGUGUCCAGUCUCCUGCCGUCGAAGAGCCGUCGUGGAUACCAAUUUCAGUUCCCCUCGAAUCCCCCGCGCCUCCCGCCGGCAGAUCACUGGUGCAGCGGGACAUCCAGGCCUUCCUGAACCAGUGUGGAGCCAGCCCAGGGGAGGCACGCCACUGGCUCACACAGUUCCAGACCUGCUACCACUCGAAGGACAAGCCCUUUGCCAUCAUGGAGGUUGAUGAGGUGGUGUUCCAGUGCCCGCAGGCGGUGUCUAACCUGGCUUUCGCCCUGGCCUUCCUGCAACGCAUGGACAUGAAACCUCUGGUGGUCCUGGGGCUGCCGGCCCCCACGGCACCUUCGGGCUGUCUUUCCUUCUGGGAAGCUAAGGCACAGCUUGCUCAGAGCUGCAAGGUGCUGGUGGAUGAGCUACGGCAUAAUGCUGCUACUGCGGUGCCCUUUUUUGGCGGUGGAUCAGUGCUGAGCGCUGCGGAGCCGGCCCCCCAUGCCAGCUACGGUGGCAUCGUCUCGGUGGAGACAGACCUGUUGCAGUGGUGCCUGGAGUCCAACAGCAUCCCAAUCCUGUGCCCUAUUGGGGAGACAGCUGCGCGCCGGUCAGUGCUGCUUGACUCGCUGGAGGUGACGGCGUCCCUGGCCAAGGCCCUGCAGCCCACCAAAAUCAUCUUCCUCAAUAAUUCGGGAGGCCUGCGGGAUACCAGUCAGAAGAUCCUGAGCAACGUGAACCUGCCCGCCGACCUUGAUCUUGUUACCAACGCAGAGUGGCUGAGCGUCAAAGAGCGGCAGCAGAUUCGGCUCAUCGUGGACGUGCUCAGCCGCCUGCCACACUACUCCUCCGCUGUCAUCACUGCCGCCAGCACACUGCUCACAGAGCUCUUUAGUAACAAGGGCUGUGGGACCCUGUUUAAGAACGCUGAGCGGACGCUGCGAGUGCACAGCCUGGACAGCCUUGACCAGGGCCGUCUCGUGAACCUAGUCAACACCAGCUUCGGCAAGAAGCUCAGGGACGAUUAUCUGGAGUCGCUGCGCCCACGGCUACACUCGAUCUAUGUAUCUGAGGGGUACAACGCAGCAGCCAUUCUGACAGUGGAGCCUGUACUGGGGGGUACCCCUUAUCUGGACAAAUUCGUGGUGAGCUCCAGCCGCCAGGGCCAAGGUUCCGGCCAGAUGCUGUGGGAGUGCCUUCGGAGGGACCUACAGACGUUGUUCUGGCGCUCACGGGUCACCAACCCCAUCAAUCCCUGGUACUUCAAGCACAGUGAUGGCAGCUUCUCCAACAAACAGUGGAUCUUCUUCUGGUUUGGCUUGGCUGACAUCCGGGAUUCCUAUGAACUGGUCAACCAUGCCAAGGGGCUGCCGGACUCUUUCUGCAAGCCAGCUUCUGACCCAGGCAGCUGACACGCCAUCAUGGGCCCUGUAAAUCCUGGGAGAGCCAGGGUGAACCAAAAGACAUUCCUGCUGGGGGUGACUCCAGCAGCGUAGGGGAGGAAGCUGCAGAGGCACUGGAACGGGACAAACACAGACUGAAGCGGACAAAGACCCAGCUCCAAAGCCACAACCAGAUGACCCUCGAUGUUCAGUCUCGGGAAUGGGGCUGGGAUCGCCUUCCGAGGCUCUACUUAAGGUAACCAUAAGGGCAGGCCAGUUUCUGUGGCCUCUAUGUUGUCUUGAGGCUCCUUCAUCUUACACGGCAUCUAAGCCUGCCUGAUCUGCCGCUCACUUUACUUUCGUUGAGUCUUGCAAUUCUUCAGGAGGCCUUGAUUAAAAUGCAAAUGCUUGUCUGAGUCAGUCA